AUGUCAACGCAACCAAGGAACAGAGCGAUCCCGCCUGGCAUUGCCAACGAAGCGAGGCGUACCAUAACCAACAAACUCACGGGAGAAACAAUCACGGUCACCAAAUAUGGCUACGAAACCGAUGGCGAGCGAACAGAGGCUAUCCUUGUGGUCGGGCCUGGCGGUGGGCCUCCACUGCACUAUCACACUUCGUACGCAGAGAAGUUUGAGGCUCUCAAACAGACCUUGGGGGUCGCAUUGAACGACGCGAAUGUCUACCUACAACCUGGAGAAGCAGCUGAUGUCCCUAUCGGAACUCCUCAUCGCUUCUUCAAUGACACCGAAGCAGAUAUCACCUUCAAGGGAUCCGUCCUUCCUAGCCACGCGGGCUUCGAGAGAAGCCUCUACAUCCUGUUCGGACUUUGCAAUGACGAUCUCGCCGACCCGAAGACCAAUCUCCCAAAAAGCAUUCUCCACACCGCGAUAAUUGCAGAUAUGGGCGAUAUGCGGUUUCCUGGCAUAGCGGGUGGAGUGGCAAAUUAUUUGAUGAAAGGAUUAGCUGCAUUUGCUAGAUGGCGUGGCAUCGAGGAAGAGUUGCUCAAGAAAUAUUGGGACUAA